AUGACCAGCCAUUCCUCUACAUCACCGAUCCACGAAACACUCGAGCACAACUCGGAGGCAGUGUUCGACUAUCUUGUCGCCUAUGUUGGAAAGAUGCUUUCGGCAACAACUGGGAAGAUCGACAGUUUGGAGGAUAUUUAUCAGAGGCGGCUAGUUGUGACGGGCAAUCGCUCUGAUGUUCAACUGGAAGACGAGGGUAAUUUUGCCUGCCAAGCGCGAAUCAUGCAUAGCCGGCUGUCAACGUCAGCCGACGCCAGGGAAUCCGGUUGGAAUCGGAGUCAUCGCACAACCGGUCAAAGUGUGAUGAUGAUUGUACGCAGCAAGGAAGCCCACCUGACCGUAUUCUCACCACUUAAGCGAUUUGGUCUUUUCGUUGGCAAGUUCCUAACUCGACCGGAAGUGAUGGCAGGGAGUGCAAGUCGACAAGAGCCGAAAAUAUUCGUGCAAAUCGGUAAACCGAUCUACCUUACCUGCUUCAGUGAUGAUUCGCGGCCUCCAGCUUUGUUGGAAAUUAAUUUCAACGACGAAAUUAUCGUCCUUUCUUCAAGAAAUCGAACAGCUUGCAAGAGGAUGGAGGAAAGUCAUUGGUGCGUUGGGAAUGCGACCAGUUUUCAUCAUGCUGUGCUCAACUUAUUGGUGACGGAAUACAGAAAGUAUAUACACACUAUCAAAGGGGAAUCGGUGCGGCUAAUUUUGGAACUUCUGGUAAAGGGUGAAUUUACAACACCGCUUAGCGUUAAAUGCGAAGUUAAAAACGUCGAAAAAUUCACGGAAAGUGGACCUCUGCGGAAGCCCUUCAAGGCAGUAGCCAGUAGUACAAUCCAUCUCCACGAGCCUCACCUUGCUGAUCGUUCCACUUACAAUCUUUGGCUUAGUGGUACUGGCAGUGUUUCUCAAAAGGUGGAACAAGGACCCAUCAGACAACGUGGAAUUCCUACCAUUCCAACUUCAAACCAUGAUCGGCAGCAACGCGAACAAUCCAAAUUCUAA